AUGCAACUAAAUCAAGUUGGCAGGGUUCUAUACAAAUACCCUGUGUUUGCGUGGCCAGCAUAUAUCUAUUCUACGUUCACGUUCAGGAUUCUUACCUCCCCUUAUUCAACCGAAUCUGCAGAUGGACUAACAUUUAUUAUAGCACCCAAGAGUAGUCCCUCGCCAACUGACAGCUUUGGUUCUUAUCUUGGAAUAAUGGAUCCAGCACAAGACGGUCGCGCUGCUGAUCAAUUAGCGGUGGAAUUUGACACUUACAAGAAUACAUUUGAUUUCGAUGGCAAUCAUGUAUCGAUUGACACAAAAAGUGUUAUACAUCCAAUUCAAGUUAGGAGUCUCAAUGAUACCGGAAUUGACCUGAAAAGUGGAAGAGAUAUCAAGGUUCUAAUAGUAUUGGAUGGGAGUACAAAGUCCAUUAGAGUUCACAUUGGAUAUGCAUCUGAUCCAAUAGACGGACUAACAUUUAUUAUGGCACCAGACAGUAGUCCCUCGCCAUCUGACAGCUAUGGUUCCUAUCUUGGAAUAAUGGAUCCAGCACAAGACGGCCAUGCUGGUGGUCAAUUAGCUGUGGAGUUUGACACUUACAAGAAUACAGGUGAUUUGGAUGCAAAUCACAUUGCGGUUGUCACAAAAAGUGUAAUACAUCCGAUUGAAGCUAGGAGUCUCAAUGAUACCGGAAUUGACCUGAAAAGUGGAAGAGACAUCAAGGUUCUAAUAGUAUUGGAUGGGAGGACAAAGUCCAUUAGAGUUCACGUUGGAUAUGCAUUUGAUCCAAUAGGUGAGACUUUUCUUGAGGUGCCUAUUGACAUCCCAAAUACCCUGCCAAGCUUCAUCUAUGUGGGAUUCACAGCAUCAACAGGGCUUCUCACUGAGCGCCAUCAGAUUCUCAACUGGAAUUUAGCAUCAUUUCCAAUCAAUAAAUGA